AUGGCGAGCGCGCUGACGGCAACGGAGAAGACCGCCGCGGUCGAGGCGUUCACCGUGCUCGGCGUGUGCGAGGAGCUCGCGACCGCGGCGGCGGACCUCGGAUGGAAGGAUCCCUCGGAAAUCCAGCGGGCGUCCAUCCCGCAGGCGCUUCAAGGGAAAGACGUCAUCGGCCUCGCGCAGACGGGCAGCGGGAAGACCGGCGCGUUCGCGCUGCCGAUCCUCCAAGAGCUCCUGGACAAACCCCAGGCGUUCUUCGCGCUCGUGCUCUCCCCAACGCGCGAGCUCGCGAUACAAAUCUCGGAGCAGUUCGAGGCGCUCGGCGCCGGCAUCGGCGUCAAGUGCGCGGUGCUCGUCGGCGGCGUCGACAUGAUGGCGCAGAGCAUCCAGCUCGGGAAGCGCCCGCACGUCGUCGUCGGCACCCCGGGCAGAGUCGUCGACCACCUGACGAACACGAAGGGGUUCGGCCUGAAGCAGCUCCAGGUGCUGUGCCUGGACGAGGCGGACCGACUGCUGAACCUCGACUUCGAGCAGGAGAUCGACCAGAUCCUCAAGGUGAUCCCGCGCGACAGAAGGACGCAGCUGUUCAGCGCGACGAUGACGAGCAAGGUGGCGAAGCUCCAGCGCGCGUGCCUGCGGAACCCGGUCAAGGUGGAAGUCAGCGCGAAGUACAGCACCGUGGCCUCGCUGAAGCAACAGUACCUGUUCGUCCCGGCGAAGCACAAAGACUGUUACGCGUGCUACCUGUUCAACGAGCUCAGCGCGAGCACGAUGAUGGUCUUCACGCGGACGUGCGACCAGACUCGGAAGCUCGCGCUCGUGGCGAGGAACUUGGGGUUCGGCGCGAUUCCGAUUCACGGACAGAUGUCGCAGCCGAAGCGCUUGGGCGCGUUGAACAAGUUCAAGGCGGGCGAGCGAAACGUCUUGGUCGCCACCGACGUCGCGUCGCGCGGGCUCGACAUCCCCGCCGUGGACGUCGUCAUCAACUUCGACGUCCCGCAGAACAGCAAGGACUACGUGCACAGAGUGGGACGGACCGCGCGCGCGGGCAGGAGCGGCCUCGCGAUCACGCUCGUGACGCAGUACGACGUGGAGUUGUACCAGAAGAUCGAACGGCUCAUCAACAAAAAACUCGAUGCGUACCCCGCGCCGGAGGAGGCCGUGCUUCUCAUGCACGAGCGCGUGAACGAGGCGCAGAGGAUCGCGCUGCAGCAGAUUCGCGAGGCGGACGAGAAGGGCGGCGGGAAGAAGCGGAACCGGGACGGCGACGGCGACGACGACGCGCGGUUGAUGACCAUCAUGGGGAAGAGAGGCGGCGGCGGCCGCGGCGGCGGCGGCCGCGGCGGCGGCGGCCGCGGUCGCGGCAGAAGGUGA